GCAGAUUAAUUCGUAAGCAUUGAGUGUACACCGAUCUUAGCUGCGGUGUGGACGUAUGUUACUGUUAUAUUAUUUCGCUCUUAUGUUAGUGGUAAACGAUGGAUGUCUUCGACGUGUUUCUGCAAGCGGGCCUGAUGACCACGGGUUUGGUCGUGUAUUUAAUAUUUAUUAGAAAACAUACGCCGACAAGGAAGAAUUAUAGUGAACCAGGCUGGAAUUACCCUUUAAAAUGGCUCGUCGCGCGAUACUACGCCGUGAAGACUUGGAAAGCGAGCUGCCCCAGCGUUCCCUUGGACGAGCUGCCUCGCUCGGACCUGAACGACGGUUGGGACUCCAUCUCGAUCACAGCGACCACCCCGGAUGGGGCCGCAGUAUUGCUGGGCGUGAGGAAAAUAUGCGGCAGGCAGCCGCUAGCGGAAGUAGUACUUUAUGUCAAAUUGACUGAUGGGACCAGCUACGUGUUGUCUCGUCAUCCGGAUACGGUGGUGGGAGUAUGGGAGGACACACCGGAGUGCUGGAGCGCGGGGGGGCUGAAGAUACAGGUGGUCGAGCCCCAGCUUUGCUCGAGGGUAAUCUUUAAUGGCAUCAUGACCAGAUUGUCUGACGGGGUGAAACAACACGCCACCAUGAAUUUCAUAUGGAGAUCGGGCUCAGAUGUGUCUCGGUUCCCCGAAGACUGGAGCGACCAACUCGCCGCUCAUACCCUGGCUCUGGAGCAGUGGCGAGAUGACGAAUGGCCAAACAUCUUAGGGAAAUGGGAGGAAGGUAGCUGGAUGCAAUACGGUGUGAUACAAGGUCGCUUCCAAUCGUACGACGAGCAAGGGGACAUAGACCGAAGCGAAUACUUGCGGUAUAGAGGCGUCAGAGAGCGGAUGUGGGCCCCGCACGGGUACCAGGGAGUGAGGCGCAGUGUGACCAUGACCGUGAUGGCGAAGGAUGGAACAGCUGUGCGUAUACGGGGAACGUCGUAUAGUAACGUACUAACUGAGACAAUAUUGGGAUGUGUGCGGCACCCCGACGUGGAAGUCCACAGUAUAACCGGCACCGACUUCGCUCUGCCGAACUUCUGCGAGACCCCUGACGAGAUCCCGAAGAUGUUCACCUUCCACGUGGAAACGAAAACUCGCGAGUUCCGCGUGGUGUUGUCAAUCAAAGAUGGCGGACGACUGUUCAGCGGCGUGCCGUACCAACAGGAUACUGAAUACCGCUAUGUUGAAGGACUUAUAAACGGAUAUCCGGCUACAGGCAUGUUGGUCCUUGGCUACGAGGCAGCUGAACACUCAUACCCUGCAUAUCCUAUACCUGAGGCGAGAAGUCUCAAGUGGCUGAGUGCGGAGGAGGCGGGCCCGGCGAGCUACUGUCUCAAGUUCGAAGACCGCGCCGCGAAGUGUGUGGACUAUGUUGGGGGUAAGGGAGCGUCUCUGGCUUUAUUAGCUUCAGUUCAGGAAGCUGAGGGGUACAAAGUACCACCAGGGUUCUGUUUGACUACCCUAGCGCUGGAGAAACAUUUGGAAAUGAACCCAGAACUGGUUAGCGCUAUCAAAGAGAUCGAAUCUGCGAACGAAAACUAUGAGGAAAGCAAUUUCAAGGCCAAGUGUAACAGGGCAACGCAAUUAUUCACCACGACAGAGAUAGUUGGUGCCGUGAAGGAUGACAUUUUGAAUUAUUUAGCUGAUCUACGGAUUAAGGCGAGGAAUAAGGGAUUGGAGGAACGAUUCGCGGUUAGGUCUUCGGCUGUUGGCGAAGACAGUGAGACGCUAUCGGCCGCUGGUCAGAACGAGACCAUACUGGGCUGUGUCAGCGAUGAGGACGUGUUGCGAGGCGUGCAGAAAUGUUGGGGGUCAAUGUUCGCGUUCACCAGCGCGUAUUACCGCAGGCAAAACGGUCAGCCGUGUUUGUGCGGCGGCGCCGUCGUGGUCCAGGCGCUGGUGAGCCCGCGCGCGGCCGGCGUGCUGUUCUCGCGGCACCCGGCGCGCGGGGACGCCGCGCGGCUGCUGCUCACCGCCAACUACGGGCUCGGCGAGAGCGUCGUAUCCGGCACAGUGGAGCCCGACACGAUAACCGUGAGACGUCACGAAGACGGUGACAUGAGUAUCAUGAAGAUCGAGCUCGGCUCGAAAACGGAACGAGUGACGACGGCGGACGAUGGCGUGACGUCACAAUCCGUGCCGGAGUCGGAACGGAACGUGCCGUGUUUGUCUGAGAGCGAGAUGCUGCAGCUGGCCAGGCUGGGGGGGAGGCAGGAGCAGCUGUGGGGCGCCGGGAGGGAUAUAGAGUGGGCUGUAGCCAAGGACGGCAUUUAUUUACUGCAAGCCCGGCCUAUCACCUCGCUGGAGCAGUGGACCGAGGAGGAACUACUGCACGAACACGACUCGCCAAUCAUGUCGGACGACGAUAUCAUUACCUUCGCCAACUGCGGAGAGGUGAUGCCCAAACCGAUGUCGCCUCUUAGCAUAGACGUGUUACUGAAGCCCUUGAUGGACACUCUGAUGCACGGUAUGGAGCCCGACGCCAGCCCGUACGACCAUUGGGCGUUCAUGACGCACUACCGGGUCACCAUGGCCUUGUAUGCUUUAUCGUACCGUCGCCCGCCCAAGAAGAUAGACAUUGGCGUCCGCAUGCAGGAGAUGGCGCUGCACGGGCACAAAUUCGCUGACCAGCACAUCAUCGACACGGCGCUACAUCGACGACCUUUUAGUAUGACGAGGAGGCUCUUAAUGAUAAUGCGAGCUCUCUUAUGGCCAUUGCUGUCCUCCAAAUGGCAAUUGAAGAAGGCGACCCAAACUGUCAAGAACAUGCCGUGCUCAACUGAGAAUAUGAGCAGUUUAGAGAUCAUUGAAGCGAUAUCAGGGUUACACGGCCACAUGGAAGAUGUGGGUUUAAGGCACAUGUACACCAGCUCGGCCAGCUCUGGUAGUCAGCUGAUUGCGAUGUCUGUGUUGCUCGAGGGACGAGGAAUAGAUUUCAGCCAAGAGCAGUGCUCAGAAAUCGGAAUGAUGUUGAGCUCAGGGGACGUGUUGUCAGCGGAGGUUCCGCAAGUGUUGGCAAAGUUGGCGCGUCAGAUACACGAGAGCGGGAAAAUGGAAGAGUUCAAAGCCCAGGAGCCGAAGAAAGCGAUGCGGUGGCUUGAGGAGACGCUGCCUGAUGUUUACAAGAAUGUAGUCAAAUUUCUGGAUGAACACGGCUUUAGAGCUAUCAUGGAGUUUGAUGUAGCAACAAAGCCAUGGGUGUUAGUGCCAGAAGAGCUGAUGAAAGUGUUGGCCAGCAUGAGGGCCGCCGAGGACGUCAAGACGAGCAAGACGGACGCUCAAAUCAUCGCUUCUUUGAAGACGCCGCAGAGAAGCAGCACUAGGAAAAUAUUAAGAUUGUUGCUACCAGUGUGCAGACACAUGGUUCGCAACAGAGAAGCGACCAAAGCGCAGCUGAUCCUAGCCGUCCACAAAAUAAGGCUGAUGGCCAUACAGCUGGGCAAGCAGCUGGUCAAGGAGUGGUAUCUGCCGGACCCUGACCUCGUGUUCUACUUCAGGGAGAACGAGCUCAGGAGAUACUACCAGACCAGAGACCCGGCGCUGUUGAGAAAAGCAAUACAACGCCAGCAAUACUUCCCCAAAUGGUCCAAGUUGCGGUUUGCGGAAAACCACACGGGCUGGCCCAAGCCGAUUGAAGAUAAGGGCCCCGCCGUCACCGCUGGGGACGUGAGAGUGGAGGCUACCUCCGUGUUCGGGGGAGAGGUCAUUGGGAGAGCUUGUGUCGUCAAAGACCUAUCGGAGAUCCACCAGCUCCAACAAGGAGACAUCCUCAUCACGCUCGCCACAGACAUCGGCUGGUCGCCAUACUUUCCGCUGCUCUCCGGCAUAGUCACGGAGCUGGGAGGACUUAUAUCACAUGGCGCCGUCAUUGCGCGUGAGUAUGGAUUGCCUUGUGUAGUAGGAGCGACUGGAGCCACGGAUUUAUUUAGCACCGGCGACACAGUGAGACUUUUAGGACACCGGGGCAUUCUAGAAAAAGUUACCGUAGCCGACGACCCAACUAACGAAAUGUGAUUAUUUAUUAAAUACUUGACAUGAUAUAAUAAAAUUUUAUUU